UUAACAACAUUAUGCCCAUCCAAUGGUUUAGUUUCAAGUUACAAAUAGCAUAAUUACGAUGUAAGAAAAAUGUCUUCGAGUCAAGGUGUUGUGAUUCAGUUGGACCAGGUUGGGAAUCGGCCCCAUUCUAACCCAGAUGAAGAAACUCGCUCCUACAAUGAAGAGAAAGACGAGAACAGAUCUUUAGCGCGAGGGUCAUUCGACAAGGACCAUCUGGAUGUGAAAAUCAAAGGAAGCAAAGACUCUGUGGACGGGAAAAACCCCUAUCAAUCCAAGAAAAAUGUUGCUGAAGGAAUGAUGGACAUUGCACUACUUACAGCCAACGCUAAUCAGUUGCGGUUUUUAAUUACUUACAAUAUGGACUCGAAGACCUUUUACUUCAGCGUGGCCUUAAUCGUGCUAUCCUUGAUAUUACAAGUCUCCGUGGGAAUCGCGCUUAUUUUCAAAGUAUGUCGCCAGAUGAAAAAUCGUGGGAGACGAGAUAAAUUGAAUCGAACAAAUGAUUUUCUUGUGGGUGGUGUAUUUAUGAUAACAGUGAUUAAUGUUUUCGUUGCGUCAUUUACAACAACCGAAACAGCGAAAGCGUGAAAAACAGGGGUAAAGAUAGAAGAUUCGCACAAGAUUCAUAAAUAAAUAAAUUGAUUUCGU